CGCACGCGCGGCGGCGGGUGUCGGCCGCGGGAUGCUGGCGCUGCGGCGGCUGCAUGAGGCGGCGCUGAGUCUGCUGCUGCGGCGGCGGGGGGCGGCGGCGGCUCGGCCGGCCGCCUCCGAGGUGCUGAGCCAGCACCUGCGCCAGCGCGGCCUGCCUCACUGGACCUCGUACUGCGUCAAGUACAGCGCCGUGCGCAACGACCAGUUCGGGCUGUCCCACUUCAACUGGCGGGUGGACGGCGCCAACUACCACGUCCUGCGCACCGGCUGCUUCCCCUUCGUCAAGUACCACUGCUCCCGCGCCGCCCCGCGGGACCUGGCGCUCCAGAACGCCGCCUUCACCGCCCUCAAGGUCCUCAACGCCGGCAUCCCAACUUUACUAUAUGGAAUUGGUUCCUGGUUCUUUGUCAGUGUCACAGAGACUGUUCAUACGAGUCAUGGCCCAGUUACUAUUUAUUUCCUAAAUAAAGAAGAUGAAGGCGCAAUGUACUGAAAUCAUGCCCUCAAGUACCUGUUAUUUGGUGGGUUUCCAUGUUACAGCUACUACAAAUAUCUACUGCCUCAGAAUAAAAAAAACCUGAAGGCAAUUCUCCAUUUUUUCAGUGUCUAUUUUUAUGUAAUAUGUUGUCUGCAGGAAGCUUUAUUGUGGUGGAUUUUUUGAGUGGUUUUUUUUUUUUUUUUUUUUUUUUUGAUGAUUUAUUUUUGUAGAGGUUAGUAAAGUUGAAAAAGUUGAAGCCUUGGGAGAAGAAUUAAUUUUUCUAAGGGUGUUAGAAUUUGCUAAAGUCAGUGAUAAGAACUGCUGAAUAAACUUCAGAAUAUUUAAAAAAGAUACAUCUACCAACUUACAGAACUGAAUUGUAGUGUGUGGGUAAGGAAACUUUCUCAAAACAUUGCAUGUAAUUAUAAGCUUAGAAUAUAGACUGUUACUAGAUGUUUGAUAAUACAUUAAUUGUUAUAGUUGCUUGCUUGUUUGAAUGAGUCCGUGAUACUGACUCUUCACAACUGCCUGGAAGACUUUUGGAAAAACACCAUCCCAAAAGAUUAUGUAUAUAUUACAUGUCUUCAAAUGAUAUUUAAAUAAAAUAUCUAAAAUAUGUUUUA